GAAAAGAGAGAGAGGAGAUGCCAUGAAAGUAGAAUAGUAUAAAAGGCAAGUGUAGAUGAGAUGGUUUGGCAGUGAGUUAAAGCAAAAGAAAAAAGAUAUGAGAGUUUUAGUAGCUUUGAUUAUAGCAUUAUGUAUUGCCAUUGAUGGCAUUACAGCAGCAAAAACACCCAUUAGUGAUCGUUACAAAACCUACAUCCAAAAUGUUCGCCAAAAAUUUGCAUCUCAAACUCAUAAACAACUCUAUGGCAUUCCAAUGUUGCAGCACUCUUUAUCGAAUUCAGAUCGUUUCCUUCUCAUCGAUACCGCAAACGUCGCCGGCGACACCAUCACUCUUGCAGUCGAUGCACAGGACAUGAGUGUUGUAGCGUAUCUUGCUGGAGACAAUGAUUCUUACUUUUUCUCAAAUGCUCCACUGUUUACUUUUGAUAUUCUCUUCCCCAACACUCAUCAAACACUUUUGAGUUACGACAAUACCUUUGAAUCCAUUGAAAAUGCAGCUAAUACUACCAGACAAGCAAUUCCCCUUGGUCUCAACCCAUCAAACUCAGCCAUCUCCAACUUGUUUCAUUACCGUCCCGAUCUCGCCGCUGUUUCGUUUCUCGUCGUCUUUCAAAUGAUCUUCGAAGCCGCCAAAUUCAAGUUCAUCGAGCAAACCAUUGUUAACUGCAUCAAGAAUGGAGAAAGCUUCACACCUAACCUUGCCAUUGUGAGCUUAGAGGACAAUUGGUCUCAACUUUCUUUACAAAUCCAAUCAUCAACUUCUUUACAAGGACUAUUUGGGAGUAGUGUAAUGCUGCACAACUCGAAAAAUGAAGCUAUUGAAGUGGAUAGUAUAUACUUUCCAAUCAUACUUAAUAAUCUUGCCUUGCAAUUAUACCAUUGCAAUACCCAAGAUUACAUCAAGCUGCCUAGUCUUGUCGAGAAUUCUCGAUGUUACGUCGAAGAACAUACCACACGUAUUAGCGGUCGAGAUGGACUUUGUGCCGAUGUAGCUGAUGGUUCUCAUGUUAUUUCGUUCCCAUGUCGACAACAAGCAAACCAACAAUGGACGUUUUAUAGCGAUCGUACGAUUCGAUCCUUAGGCAAAUGUUUGAUCCCAAGUAAGUCCUCUUCCAAUCCUCUGGCUGUGAUUUACGAUUGUAGUAAGGUCUCUCAACAAGAUGCUACUUGGGAGGUUUCUCUUAGUGGGACAAUCAUGAACACAUAUAAUGACAGUGUUUUGACAUCAAACAAUGGAAGCACUUUGACAAUGGAGGAUAAUGCAUAUGAUGGAAAUCAAGGGUGGAGAGUUGGGAAUUUUGUGGAUCCAAUUGUAACUUCAAUUAUUGGGGUUAAAGAGAUGUGUUUGGAAGCUACAGAGGGAAAUACAAAUAUUUGGUUAGAAGAAUGUGUGAAGGACAAAAUAGAGCAAUCUUGGACACUUUAUAGUGAUGGAAGUAUUAGAGUGAAUAAUAAUCAUAGUCUAUGUGUAACAGCUUCAAUUCAUUCAAGACAGCGUAUUGUAAUUCUUAAUUGCAAUGGCUUAGCUACACAACGUUGGGUUUUCAAGGCUGAUGGCACAAUCUCAACCCCAAAAGAUGACGGUUUGGUUAUGGAUGUUGCACAAAAUGAUGUCGAUCUUAAGAGAAUUGUUUUGUAUCCUCGACAUGGUGGGGUUAAUCAACAAUGGGUUGUUUUCUACUAAUUAAUGUUCUUAUGUGCUAAACUAUGCUUAAUGUGUUUGCACAUGUACUAGACUGUGGUAGACGACAUGAUCUAAUAAAUAUUCGUAUGGGUGUUCCAUUCUGUUGUUUCAA